UUAUUUAUAUUUAAUAUUAUGUCUAUUUCAAGUUUAUUUUAUACUUUACUAUCCGUACUUGAGGUUUUACUGGUAGUUGUACCAUCAUUAAUGGUUGUAGCUUUUAUUACUCUAGCUGAAAGGAAAACAAUGGCGAGCAUGCAAAGAAGAAUAGGCCCAAAUUUUGUUGGAUUCUAUGGCUUACUUCAGGCAUUUGCAGACGCUUUAAAAUUACUUUUAAAAGAAUAUGUAUCACCAACACAAGCUAAUUUUUUAUUAUUUUUCUUAGGUCCUAUUAUAACCUUAAUAUUUUCACUGUUUGGUUAUGCUGUAAUACCUUAUGGUCCCGGUUUAGUCAUAUCAAAUUAUAAUUUAGGUAUAUUAUUUAUGCUAGCAGUUUCUUCUUUAGCUACAUAUGGAAUUUUUUUAGCUGGAUCUGCUAAUUCUAAAUAUUCUUUUUUAGGCACUUCGUACCCGAAGCCAGCGGCCAACUCAAGCCCGUGCGCAAGUCGU